UUCGCCAUGGGUUCCGGUGCCUCCAGCUUGGCGGACGCCACGUCGCAGCAGCUCAGCACUGUCGUGGCAGAGCUGUCGCUGGAGCAACGCCAGAAGCUGCGCAGCGCUGUGGAGAUCCUGGAAGCGCUGGAACCAGGUCUGUCCCUCCGAUCCGUGCUGUCGGGGGAAGUGGUGAAGGUGCAAGCCAGCAAAGACUGGACCUACAGAGAGUUGUCCCAAGCAUUGCAAGGAAAACUGCAGGCGCAGAAGCAGGUGGUGAAGUUCCACAAGUUCCACGCUGAAGUCAUGGAUGAGUACAGUAGCCUGGAGGAGUUGGGAGUAGAUGUGACCGGCUCGCUGCUCUUCAGCCUCUGCGAUCUUCCUCCUGCUGAGCUGCUGGAAGUGUCGACAGAGGCGCUGGGAAGGAUCCAAAAAAGCGACAUUUUUGAGCUAAAGGCCAUGGUACGUCCCUACAAGGCAUCCCAGCGGUGCAUGGAAGCUGUGGCGCUGCUUCUGCAGAAGCAGGGCUGCGACUGGCAGGAGCUGAAACAGCUGUUGACACCAGAACUCCUGCAGCAGGUUCAGGCCAUUGACACGGUCAGCGACGAAGUUCUGGUGCAGCUGCAGUGGUACAUCAAACAUCCAGACUGUGAAAUGGACAAGAUCAAGCACACAACCAGUGCCUGUGUGGUGGGCCUUUGGCAUUGGGUGCUGGCAGUCAAUGCCAAGAGCCUUGCAAAGCACCACAAAGCGAGAACUGACCAUGGGGUCAGAACUUAAGGCCCGUGGAACUUCAGAUCUUGGACAAUUUUUAGUAGAAAACCAUCUCGUUUUUGGGGUACCCACGUUUGACCCGUACCCGUCUCACCAUGAGUUCUGGUGAUGGCCAAAGUUGCUGUCAGCCGAACCAUUCCGACACUUCAAUGAUCCAGCUGAAAAUUGAUAUGUUGUGUACCAGUGAACUUGC